CAGAAGGCCUCAAAAUCCGGCCAGGCUAGAUGAGUACUCACUGAGCAUGCGCGGAACUGAGAUUUCCCCUGAACAGCCCUCAGCGCGCAUGCGCAGAGCUCACAGUGCAUGAGAGCGGAAGCUUCUUCGCUUUUCCCAAAAUGGCGGCGUCCUCAACGCUGGAGGGCCUCUUGGUCCCGCACAUCCUCCCCGCGCAGUGCUACGAUGAGCUCCUCGUCCGCUUCAACCUCUUGCACAUUCCCUGCCUCAAAAUCUUAAUCAGUAAAGGCCUCGGAUUCGCCAUCGUCGCUGGCUCCCUCAUGGUGAAGCUGCCCCAGAUCGCCAAGAUCCUGGGGGCCCGGAGUGCGGAGGGGCUGAGCUUCAACGCCAUUUUGCUGGAGCUCAUGGCCAUCACUGGAACCAUGGUCUACAGCGUCUCCCGCAGCUUCCCCUUCAGUGCCUGGGGGGAGGCCCUCUUCCUCAUGGUGCAGACCAUGGCGAUCGGGUUCCUGGUGCAACAUUUUGGGGGACACACGGGGCGAGGUGUCUCCUUCCUCCUCGUCUACCUGAGCCUCCUCUCCUUCCUCCUCUCCUCGUUUACUCCUCCGGCCCUGGUAACCGCCCUCCAGGCCUCCAACAUGCCAGCCGUGGUCAUCAGCAGGCUCUUGCAAGCGGCCACCAACUACCGCAACGGCCACACCGGGCAGCUCUCGGCCAUCACGGCCUCCUUGCUCUUCGCGGGGUCCCUGGCGCGGAUAUUCACCUCCAUCCAGGAGACAGGUGACCCCCUCAUGGCCCUGACCUUCGGGGUCUCCUCCGUCUGCAACGGGGUCAUCAUGGGGCAGCUCCUCUACUACUGGAACGUCCCAGUCGACAAGCGCAAGAAGGCAUAGGAUCCGCCGGGUGAAGGGUCUCGUUCUGCAUAUCACAGCAGGUGGAGGAGCGGCCUCCCAUCUUCCGUCUGCUGUAGGAACGCUUUGCUCUUUCAAUGCGCUCCUCUGAGCCAAGGGACAAUGAUGUGUCUGCUGCUUUGGGAAUCAAUGCUGCCUCAAUGGGACUUGGAGGUGGAAAAGGAAGGAAGGGGAAUCACUGUACGGGUUGUUCUUGCGAGAACUUUUACUACAAAAUAUAACUCUCCCGCAUUCCA